AGGUCGAGUAAACGCGGGUUACGACUGCGGCCUUUACCGAUUUCCCUCGUUCCGAGAAGAAGUGGCAAAACGAUUUCCUAAUCGAUAGGCCCCUACUUCCUGGAGGAACCGACUCGCGUAGACCCUUGGCGUCAGCGCCGAUGGUCGGCGCCCUGGAGUCACCCGUCCGCGAGGACGGCGCAAGGACGGGCCGCGAUUGGCCGGCUCCAGGAGAACCGGAUCGAUGGCCCGACCGCAGGAGUCGUGCAACUCGCCUCGACGGUGACGAAUUCGACUCCUCGGUCGUGGAUUCGCGGCCGGUGGGCCGACGAAUCCUCCUCGGGGAGGGAGGACUACCGGCUCUCCAGGCCGCGCCGGCUCUAUAAAAGGGGCGAGCAAGGUCACCUUCGGAAUCAUACGCCUUUGAGCUGUCAAACGCGACGGACCCAGCGGGAGGCUAAGAAGGUUCGCGGAUUCCCGGAAGUCCUGCAUAGAUUAUCGGAAGAUCGUUGACUCCGGCCAUUAAGGAUGACUUCCGUGAAGGAGCAACUGUUGAAGACCGUGACGGAUCCCGUCCCUAACGGCAGGAAUAAGAUAACCGUCGUCGGGGUGGGCCAGGUCGGCAUGGCCUGCGCGUUUGGAAUAUUAACGAAGAAUGUCUCCAGCGACGUUGCUUUGGUGGACGUCGUGGAGGACAAGCUGAAGGGCGAGAUGAUGGACCUGCAGCACGGCAGUGCAUUCCUGAAGAAUGCCCGGAUCAACGCCAGCACCGAUUACGCCAUUACGGCCGGUUCCAGCAUCUGCAUCGUGACCGCGGGGGCGCGACAGAGAGAGGGGGAGACUCGGCUGGACCUCGUCCAGAGGAACACCGACAUCUUCAAGGGCAUCAUCCCCCAGCUCGUAAAGCACAGCCCGAAUACGAUCCUCCUGAUCGUCUCGAAUCCUGUUGACAUCCUUACCUACGUCGCCUGGAAACUGUCCGGCUUGCCGAAGAAUCGAGUGAUCGGUAGCGGGACCAAUUUGGAUUCCGCGCGGUUCCGCUUCCUGCUGUCGCAGAGACUCGGCGUGGCACCGACGUCCUGUCACGGGUGGAUCAUCGGGGAACACGGCGACACGAGCGUGCCAGUCUGGUCCGGAGUGAACGUCGCUGGAGUGCGGCUGCGCGAUUUGGACAAGGACGUCGGAACCGAGAACGACAAAGAGUCUUGGAACGAGCUUCACGAGCAGGUCGUGCAGAGCGCCUACGAGGUGAUCAAGCUAAAGGGAUACACGUCCUGGGCAAUAGGUCUCAGUGUCUCGAAUCUUGCUUCGGCUAUUUUGAGGAACUCUAACCAGGUCCACGCCGUCUCCACUAUGGUCAAGGAUCUGCACGGUAUUUCCAACGAAGUGUUCCUGUCGUUACCCUGUACCCUUGGUCAGGACGGGGUCACCUACGUGGUACAGCAGAAACUAACCGACGAGGAAAAGGGACUUUUGCAUAAAUCCGCUCGAACCAUGGACGAGGUGCAAGCGGGCCUAAAGUUCUAAGACUUAUUGUUAAAUGGAAAGCGGUUAAGAAAAGUGGAGGUAGUAUUCGUGCCAGUCGUAACGUUCGUCCAGUGUUUUGUGUGACUCGAUGUCGUCCACCGCACUUGGUAUCCUGGCGGUCAUGAAUGGCUUCCUCGUGUAUAUGGCGCCGCCAGGUGGUGGGGUCGAGUACUAGCGGGUUGACCCCACCACCUGGCAGUGCCAUAUACACGAGGAAGCUAGGGUAUGUAUGCAUGUACCUCCGCAAACUUUGAUCUCCUUCAUCCGGCGGUCUCUCUAUUUUUCUACACCUUCCGGGACUGAGUCCAUUUUCUAUUUUUCCACGUAUUUCAAGAGAGAACGUAAAAAAGAAAGGAUAUUAACGUGGGCGGGUUUUUUGAGUUAUUUACUCGCUGCCGGUAUUACGGGCGUUCGCUCGCAUUUAUAUAGCGUUUGACAGUAUUCCCAAAACCAAAAUAAUUCAAGCGUUACCGUAAAGUAAGUUAAUCGAAUGCGAGUACCAACGGUAAUCAUCCUCUGGGUGAGGCGAGGACGGCAGGGACAAAGGAACGGGGUUGGUCUUGCUGCCACGUUUACCUUUUUUAGGGGUUGUCCUUUGAAACCUUCCCUUGCUGGCUCGAUGCCAUUCUUCUCGUACUCGUCCCGAUGUAUACCCGUGUGUAUGAAGGCUGUAAAGGUUCUUGCGACGUCGUGCCCGAUUUGAGUACGUCGUGUUAAAUAAAGUGUUGCAAAAAGA